AUGCAUUGGUUUCUUGCGAUUUCAUUGCUAUGCUCAUUGCUGCAUACAUCUCGGGCACACCACACAGAAGAAUACAACGAGGAACUGACUCUUCGUCCUCUGCCUGAUGGAAAGCUGGCAGUACGUUUCUCUUUCACCACGCUCCUGAAAGGAGCGCGACCUCGUGCACCCGGCAGUCUCAACGAGGAGGAUGAAUCACAGCACUACACACUGUUCCCGCUCGCUCUCGGGCAGAUUCUGAGAGAGUAUGCCCUCACAGAGCUUCAUCUUACUCUCAAUGCCGGUCGAUGGGACUAUGACCGCUGGGGGUACCCUGACGAGACAGGCGUCGGGACGGGUGCAGAGCUUUGGGCUUGGAUGGGCGAAGGCGCGCCUACUAGUGUCGAUCAACGCUGGAAAGACACACAAAAUGCGUUGGCUGGCCUCUUCUGUGCAUCUCUCAAUGGGAUGAAUACUCAAGUCACAACCUCUCCGACGCGUGCUUUCCCUCCUGCUGGCGAUCUCCCUGUACUGACAACACCACACACCCACCGUCUCCGCCACGCUACGCUCGCCGCAGAGCAUGUUUGCACCGAAAACCUCACCCCAUUCCUCAAACUCCUUCCUUGCCCUGCCCGCGCAGGCAUUGCGUCGCUCCUCAUGGCUCAUAAAAUCUUCGAUGCCGACUGGCACGGCCUUGGCGUUCAUGUGAGAUGGAGGGCAGACGCCGGCGUGGAGCUUGCCCUCACUGUACAGGCCGUCCUUGAUCCCGUUCGUAUAUCUGUAGAAGGGAGAAGAGAUUGGUCGCUAAGGUCCAUAUUUGACCGUACGAUUUCUCGACCAUGUCCGGUCGCAAACAGCAGUCGAAUCCGUGUCGAACUUCCGUCUAUAAGCGGCAGUGCCUAUUCGAUAACACCUGAGCCUUCAAAUAUAGAUGGCAGUCUUGCAACAUACAAUGUCGCGGAAGGUUUGAACGAACUCGAUGUAGCCUUGCGGUGGCCUGGGGAAACUUCGUUCACAUAUCCUCUGGACAUUUCCCGAUCUUCUCUAUCUGAGUUUUCCGUGCAGCGCACGCUGAAGGGCUCAAGCCAGACCCAGGGCCAAAUCUCGCUAGUGAUUCGCAACAAUCGUCCAUAUGAAAUACGUUUGCUGUAUCUCGAAACAAUGCCUUGGCAUGUAGAGUUCUACUUGCAUACCUUGCGCGUAGAGAUAGCUGGGCAGAAGCACAACAACCUGGUUUCCAACCUCACAUACACGCCUCCCAUACCACAUUUCAGCCCAGCUCUCUUGCAAUCUGUGAUCACGCUCCCGCCAUCGGCGACCCUAUUCAUAUCAAUGGACGCCUCAAAAUCCUUCCUACGCUACACCGAGCACCCGCCAGAUGCCCAACGCGGAUGGGAUCUCCCACCCGCCGUCUUCGUCCCGCUUUCCAACUCCAACUCGACCUUCGUGCUCGAUCGAGCAAGCAGACGCUGGGACGGCACAAGACGGGUGUACACCCCCGCGAUGCUCGUCGACCUCCCCACACCGGAUUUCAGCAUGCCGUAUAACGUGAUCAUCAUGAGCUGUACGCUCAUCGCGCUGAUCUUCGGGAGCGUCUUCAACCUGUUGACGAGGAAGUUUGUGGUGACCAAGUUGCCAGGGCGGGCGGACGUUCGAAGUGACAGUGUACAGCGGUGA